GAGCCUCCGAGCCUCCGAGCCUCUGCAGUGCAAUGUCCCGCCUGCUGCACGUAGAAGAGUGGGCUGAAGUGAAGGAGUUAGGGGCCCACCAUCGCCAUCCCCCGCCGCACCACCUCCCGCAGCCGCCACAGCCACCUGCGACCCUGCAGACGAGAGAGCAUCCCGUGUACCCGGCCGAGCUGUCCCUCCUGGACGGCACAGACCCACGCGCCUGGCUGGCUCCCACGUUGCAGGGCAUCUGCACGGCACGCGCCGCCCAGUACUUGCUGCAUUCCCCCGAGCUGGGUGCCUCCGAGGCGGCGGCGCCCCGGGAGGAGAUGGACGGCCGGGGGGAGCUGGGGAGGAGAAGCGGCGGCGGCGGAGGCAGUAGCAAGAGCCCGGGCCCCGUGAAAGUGCGGGAACAGCUGUGCAAGCUGAAAGGCGGGGUGAUGGUAGAUGAGCUGGGCUGCAGCCGCCAGCGCGCCCCUUCCAGCAAACAGGUGAACGGGGUCCAGAAGCAAAGGCGGCUGGCGGCCAACGCCAGGGAGCGACGCAGGAUGCACGGGCUGAACCACGCCUUCGACCAGCUGCGCAACGUUAUCCCGUCCUUCAACAACGACAAGAAGCUGUCCAAGUACGAGACCCUGCAGAUGGCCCAGAUCUACAUCAACGCCUUGUCCGAGCUCCUGCAAACGCCCAGCGCCGGGGACCAGCCGCCGCCGCCGCCCGCCUCGUGCAAGAGCGACCACCACCACCUCCGCGCCGCCGCCCCCUAUGAAGGCGGUGCGGGCACCGCGACCGCCGCGGGGGCACCGCCGGCCUCCGGAGCGGGCCAGCGGCCGACCCCGCCCGGCAGUUGCCGGACUCGCUUCUCCGCCCCGGCCUCGGCGGGAGGGUACUCCGUGCCGCUGGACGCCUUGCACUUCUCGACUUUCGAGGACAGCGCCUUGACGGCGAUGAUGGCGCAGAAGAACCUGUCGCCGUCGCUGCCCGGGGGCAUCCUGCAGCCAGGGCCGGAGGAGAGUAGCAAAACUUCGCCCCGGUCCCACAGAAGCGACGGGGAGUUUUCUCCCCAUUCCCAUUACAGUGACUCGGACGAGGCCAGUUAGGAAGGUGACAGAAACCCCGAACACAGACAGAGACAAAAUCGCCCCUUCCCCGUGCGCGGACAGCCCCGCGGCUAAAGAUCCCCGCACCCUUUUAAUGUUUGCGCGGCGACGGUCGUUGUUUAGCAACGACUUGGCUUCAGAU